AUGGCUCCUUCGUUUUAUGAAAAGGAACAAUCCAGGAUUAGGGAGCUCAUCAAACGUCCACUUCUUGAGUUGACCCUCCAACAUCUUCCUCACUUGCAAUCCUCGAAAUCAUCUCGUCAAGAUGUAUGGGAGAUUAUUGCCACCAAGCUAAACACAUAUGCAUACGAACAAUCAUUGAACCCUUCAGAAAAGGUAGACGAAAUCCCGAUAUUAAGCGGGAUCUUUGUGGAAGAAAUAUAUGAAACACUUAUGGAUAAGUUUACUAAAAAGUUACCGUAUCAUCAUUAUAAUGGUGGCAUAACUGUGAAGGCUCCCCCGCAAAGAGAUUGGUACAGUGAAAGAACAGAUAGGCUAUUAUGCGAAUUGUGUUUAACCAGUGGUUAUGAUAUUGAAUUGAUGGCGAAAAUGGGGAAGGAAAAGCUCGAGAAUGACUUAAGACUGGCCACGGUGGACACGGAACCCUCUCAUGAGGAAGAAAGUGGUGGUGCUGGUGGUGGUGCUACUUCCCCAUCUACAUCAAAUGCAUUACAAAGAGAGAAAGAGAAGCAGUUAGAAAAGAAAAUUGCAUUACUAGAGCAAAAGCUCGAGGAAAAAAAUUCCCAACUAGAAAAAUUAACAAACGAGAAUAAGAGAUUGCUCGAGUUGAACCAUGACAUGCUAGAAAUGAACCGUUGA